UUGGAUCACAAAACCGGUGGUCAUUAUGAACAUGGAUCUCAAGUCAAACUUUUAUCUGAUUCUACUUAAACUCUUCUUUGUGGAAUCUGCAAUAAAUGGCUCAGUUUCGGAUAAUCCAAACGACGUCCAUUUCUACCUGCAUCCUUAUCCAGAGUAGGAACCCUGAACAAACAAUUGAACUCCUCCCAUGGGACAAAAAAACCUUGAAAAGGUUUGAGUUUAGAAGCAGGAACAAAACGUUAUUUUUAAUUCAUGGCUUCAUCUCUAAUUCCCAAACACAUAUGCCAGUCACACUUAGGAAUGAAUAUCUUUGCUCUGGACUAAACUACAACGUAAUCACCGUAGAUUGGGGGCUCCUAUCGCUUCCAGCAGAAUCUCCGCUAACAAUACCCGUCAUUUUAAAAUCCUUCCCUGUCGUAGUUCAAAACAUUCCAAGAGUUUCCAAACGCAUCGCUAAGUUCAUUGAGUUUUUAGUUGAUCAAGAUUUUUCCACCCUUCAGCAAAUCCAUCUUGUGGGGCAUAGUCUCGGUUGCCAUGUAGCAGGUCAGGUUGGUCACAGAAUUCAAAUAAUUCGGCCAGGGCAGAAGUUGGGGCGCAUUUCAGGAUUGGAUCCUUCCGGUCCAAGUUUUCAGCAUCUUCCGCUUGACCUAAUUUUGGAUGAGAGUGAUGCUUCCUUUGUGGAUGUUUAUCACACCAACACAGGAAUACUUGGAUACCUCGGAAUAAUGGGACAUGUAGAUUUUUACCCUAAUGGUGGUCGACUACAGCCAGGCUGUUUUGGGGAAUCCAUUUGCAGCCACAACAUUGCUGUGGAAGUGUUUGCCGUCACAAUAAACCAAGUUGUAAAUGCCUGCAAGUGUAAGCACUUUAAGGAUUGGGGGCUAAGGAUUUAUUGCCCUUGCGAUGAUGAAAAUCUCGACAUACGGGCAGGUGAAUUAAUUCCGACUAAUGGAACUGAAGGACAAUAUUUCUUUACAACCUCGCCCAGCAUCCGGCUUUGCGUACCCUUUGAAUUCAAUUGUUAAUUGGAAGAUUAUGAAGGAUAUUAAAACACAUUUGCGUGUAUUACAUAUUCUCGGUGAAUUUUAUUAAUUACGCAAAACAGUGUAGCUGCAUAACAAAGUUACGUAAAAGUCAUAAUAAUAAGAUUAACCUAAA